AUAAAUUGUUAAAAACCAACAAUUCCACCAACACCUUGGCCCCCCUUGACCCCUUUGCCCAUUUCUUUGGCGUUCCUCACCAACAGACUUGUGGUGGAAUGGCCGCCCAUCCACUACCUGCAUUCCAAUAUGGCGUCCCCAAGAAUGCGGGUAAAUAACUGUUAGACGUGCACUUGUUUUCCCGAAGAUUUAUCGUGAUUUUAACGAAAUCGAAGUGUGCGCCGCCGAUCGUCGAUUGUUGAAAAGAAAAAUGGCCGCCAUCGUCGUUCGAUUUGUGUGGUGAUUUAAAAAUUAAAAAAAGAGUGACGUUUUUUCGAAUGACGAUGUAUUGGAAAAUAUCGAUUUUCCAUCAUGUCGCACAGGGAUUUUACGGAGGUUGAACCUGAAGGCACUUCCGAACUUCCGGCGGCCAAUCGCGCUCUCUUCCUUGAAAAGGUCAGACAAUCAAACACCGCUUGUCAAAAUGGCGACUUUUCCACAGCAGUCGCUUUAUACACCGAAGCCCUUCAAUUGGAUCCAACCAAUCACAUUCUUUAUUCGAAUCGUUCCGCCGCCAAACUCAAACAGGGCCUUUUUGCCCAGGCCCUUCAGGACGCUAUUACAGCACGUGACCUAUGCCCCACCUGGCCUAAAGCCUACUAUCGUCAAGGCGUCGCUUUACAAUGUCUAGGCCGACAUGGCGACGCCUUGGCUGCAUUCAGUCAAGGCUUAGCCCAGGAUCCAACCUCACAACAACUUCUUUCGGGAUUGGUUGAAGCGUCGAUCAAAUCACCGCUGAGACAUAAUCUCGAACCGACUUUCCAGCAGCUGGAAGUCAUGAAAUUGGAUCAGAGUCCGUUUGUUUUAAUUUCGGUGGUGGGGCAGGAGUUGUUGGCGGCGGGAUUGUAUCAUUCAGCGGUGACUGUGCUAGAAUCAGCACUCAGAAUCGGUUCCUGUUCUUUAAAAUUGCGAGGAUCUGUGUUCAGUGCUUUGAGUUCAGCUCAUUGGGCACUAAAUCAGCUCGAUAAAGCAAUAGGUUACAUGCAACAAGACUUAGCCAUUGCUAAAAGCCUAGGUGAUACGGCGGGGGAAUGCCGGGCACAUGGAAACCUAGGCUCGGCCUAUUUCAGCCAAGGUUCGUACAAGGAAGCCUUGACUGCGCACCGAUACCAACUCGUGCUAGCCAUGAAAUGCAAGGACACCCAGGCUGCUGCCGCAGCCCUAACUUCCCUAGGCCACGUCUAUACAGCAAUCGGUGACUACCCGAACGCCUUAGCUUCGCACAAACAGUGCGUCCAACUCGUUAAACAAAUGGGCGAUAGGUUGCAAGAAGCCCGCGAAAUUGGUAACGUAGGCGCCGUAUACCUAGCCAUGGGUGACUUUGAUUCGGCCGUUGAUUGUCACACCCAACAUUUACGAAUCGCCCGUCGCCUAGGCAACCAGGUUGAAGAAGCACGUGCUUACAGCAACCUAGGUUCUAGUCACCACUACAAACGCAACUUUGCUCAGGCGAUUGUUUAUCAUGAGAAAGUCCUAAGAUUGGCACAAGCCAUUGGUGAUAAAUCGGUCGAAGCCAGGGCUUACGCCGGCCUAGGACAUGCGGCUAGGUGUGCCGGUGAUUACGUCCAAGCCAAACAAUGGCAUGAAAGACAACUAGAUGUCGCGUUAGCGACUCGUGAUAAGGUUGGCGAGGGACGUGCAUGCUCAAACCUGGGAAUAGUCUAUCAGUUGUUGGGGGAAAAUGAUGCAGCCUUGAAGUUACACCAAGCCCAUUUGGCGAUCGCUCGAAGUUUACAGGAUAGAGCAGGAAUGGGGAGAGCUUACGGGAACAUCGGGAAUGCCUAUUCGGCUGCGGGGUUUUACGAAUCCGCCAUAAAGUACCACAAACAGGAGCUGACAAUCAGCAAGGAAGUGCACGAUAGGAGUUCCGAGGCUAGUACUCAUGGAAACCUAGCCGUAGCUUAUCAAGCCUUAGGGGCUCAUGAUAUGGCACUUUUGCAUUAUCGGGCCCAUCUAGGUAUUGCAAGGGAGCUAAAAGACACAGCUGGUGAAGCCUGUGCGUUACUAAACCUGGCCAAUUGUCUCAGUUCAAGGUCGGAAUUCGCCGAAGCGAUACCGUACUACGAACAGUAUCUUAUGCUAUCGCAAGAACUCGCCGAUGUGGAAGGUGAAGCUAAAGCCUGUCACUUUUUAGGCUACGCCCACUACUGUAUCGGCAAUUUUCGCGAAGCUGUUCGUUACUACGACCAGGAUUUAGCCUUAGCCAAAGACUUGCAAGACAAAAUGAACAUGGGACGUGCUUACUGCAACCUAGGCUUGGCCCAUUUGGCUCUCGGCCAACUUGAAACAUCUCUCGAGUGCCAAAAAUAUUUUUUAGCCAUCGCACACAUGACCAAUAACCUACCCGGCAAAUUUCGGGCAUUGGGCAACAUAGGCGACGUUCUAAUCAAAAUGGGCGAGACAGAAGAAGCCGUGAAAAUGUACCAUCGCCAACUAGCCUUAGCCCGAAGUAACCGUGAUCGUGGCAUGGAAGCUGCCGCUUGUGGUGCUUUAGGUAUAGCCCACCGUCUUUUAAAACGCCUAGACAAAGCUCUAGGCUACCACACCCAAGAACUAACCCUUCGACAAGAAAUGUCCGAAUUAUCGGGUGAAUGCCGGGCUCAUGGCCACCUCGGAGCCGUCCAUAUGGCCCUAGGCAAUUACACCCACGCUGUUAAAUGCUACCAAGAGCAACUAGAACGGGCCCAAGAGCUACAAGACUGCGCCGUUGAAGCGCAAGCCUACGGCAACCUAGGCAUCGCCCGCCUAAACAUGGCCCACUACGAAGACGCGAUUGGUUAUUUCGAACAACAACUAGCGACUCUCGAACGUCUCAGUUCACCCACAGCCCAGUUGGACAAAGGCCGGGCUUUUGGCAACCUGGGCGAUUGUUACGACGCUUUAGGCGACCCAGAAGAAGCUGCCAAAUGCCACGAACAACACCUAGCCAUUGCUUUGAAACUAAAGAGUGUCCGUGACCAGGAACGCGCCUACCGUGGACUAGGCCAAGCCCAAAAAGCCCUAACUAACCUCCAACAAGCCCUAGUUUGCCUUGAAAAACGCCUAGUCGUCGCACACGAAUUGGCCAAUCCUGAAGCCAAAGCUGCAGCUUAUGGCGAAUUGGGCCAACUUCACGCCAACUUGGGUAAUUUAGAACAGGCAAUUUCGUGUUUAGACCACCAGAAGGCAAUCGCGCGCGAACUCAACGAUAAGAUAAUGGAAGCCGAUGCGAUUUCCAACCUGGGCUGCGUUUACCAACAAAUGGGCGAAUACACCACUGCGUUACGCUACCACCAAACCGACCUAGACAUAGCCGAACAGUUACAAUUACCGACGUUACAAAGCCGCGCUUGUGGAAACCUAGGCGCUGUACACGAAGCCUUAGGCAACCUGGAGCAAGCAAUACGCUACCAAGAACAACACUUGUCAAUUGCGGCAAGUACCAACGACCAACACGCGAAAACCGUCGCCUAUAGUUCGCUAGGUCGCGUCCACCAACUUUUAGGCAAUCGGAGCCAGGCUGUAGCCUAUUUAAGCCAAGGUUUGUCAAUCGCCGAGGCUUUAGGGCGACGGGAUGAGGAAGCAAGGAUUAGAAAUAGGCUAGGUUUGACGUUAUGGUCGAACGGUGACCUUGAAGGCGCCCAAAAACAACUCGAAGCGGCGACAAAUUUGUUGGAAAAUAUUAGACGCGAAGCCAGGAAUACACCCGACUAUAAACUAUCACUGUUUGAGUUACAAUCGUCAAGUUAUCAAGUAUUGCAACGUGUUUUGGUUGGUUUAAACCGACACGAGGAGGCUCUUGUUGUGGCCGAAAGGGGGCGUAAUCGGGCUUUUGUCGACUUGCUGUUAGAACGUCAAGGUUUGAAUGACGGACGUAACAAAAAACGCUUCGAUGAUGUUACUGCGAGUACCUUGGACCAGAUCAAGGAAAUUGUGAACCGGCAACGAGCUUCGGUACUUUAUUACAGCAUAGCCGCUGGUUUUCUCUACUCAUGGCUCAUUGUACCGACCAAAGGCAUAGUCAAAUUCCACUCAAAAUCGCUGAAUGAAAGUGACGAAAGUGACAGUACCGACCCGACCUCAAACAUCGGGAUUCUCGAAAAGUUGGUGACUUCGGUCAGAGAUAGUCUCGGGAUGGAGUUAUCUCCCUGUAGUACCAUAAACGAAGAUCAGUACUCGGACGACACUCUUAGCGACCGCACCGGAUUCCUCCGAAUGGUCAACCGCCAACACCUCCUCAAUUCCAGCAACUACUCCCUCAGCUCCCUCUUCUCCCUUGGGAGUGUUGGUGGUUCGGUGGCGUCACUCCAAGGCUCGACCCGAUCAAGCACAAGCGUCCAGGCGACAUCACGCCAAGCCUGGAAAGGCCCCUCCUGCCUUCACGCCCUUUACACGCUCCUGAUCCAACCCUUUGAGGACUUUCUCCCCAAAGCCAACUCAAACCGACGAGAACUAAUCCUAGUCCUUGAAGGUGACCUCUAUUUAGUCCCUUUCCCCGUCCUACGCUCCUCAUCGGAAGCUUCCGAAUACCUCUGCGAGAGAUUCUCGCUACUUGCCGUCCCCAAUAUAUCAUCAUUACGCAUUGGGCGAAGUCGCAAACAAGACGGUGACCAAACUGUUCGGAGCCUUAUCGUCGGCAACCCCAAAUUACCGAACGCUGUUACGGAACACUGGGGCUGGAAAGACAUCCCGCAAGCCGAACAAGAGGCCACAAUGGUGGCCGAGUUAUUACAAGCACAAGUGUUACUAGGUGCUGGCGCAACGAAAGAACAAAUUCUCAAUCAGAUACAGGACGCUGAAUGUGUCCAUUUCUCGACUCAUGUCUCUUGGAAGUUAUCCUCUUUGGUUUUAAGCCCCGCUGAAGUUUUAGAUCAGAGCCAGAAGAGGCUCUAUCUGGGGGACCCGGCCGAAGAGGACGAAAACGAAGUCUCGACUUCGGCAGAGUUGCCCCCAAUGUCCGAAUUUCUACUAAGUGCAGCCGAUAUUCUGUCAUUACGGCUUUCGGCACGUCUUGUCGUGGUGAGUUCGUCGCACACGCGUGACCAACAAGGAUGGGCCACUUCUGAUGGUCUGGUGGCCUUGGUGCGGGCGCUACUAGCAGCCGGUGCCCAAGCCGUUUUAGUGUCACUGUGGCCUGUGCCGGAAACGGCCUCUAAAAUCCUACUCCGGGCUUUUUACUCUGCCAUGUUACAAGGAACACGAGCUGCUAAGGCACUCGCUGAAGCCAUGCAAACUGUCCAACACACCAAACAUUUUGCCCAUCCAGCAAACUGGGCCGGUUUCCUCCUUGUAGGUCUAAACGUCCGACUAUCAAACAAAGUGGCUAUGAUGGGCCAAGCCCUUUGUGAACUCCUCCAAGUCCCCGAUAAAUGCCGGGAUGCCCUUAGAGUGACCCUCCACUUGGUGGAAAAGUCCCUUCAGAGGAUACACCGCGGUCAGAAAAACGCCAUGUACACCACGCAAAAAUCAAUCGAGAAUAAAGUCGGUUCGGUGACCGGAUGGCGCGACCUUUUGAUUUCCGUGGGCUUUAGAUUCGAGCCUGCGUCAAACGGGAUACCAAGCAGUGUGUUUUUCCCCCAAUCAGAUCCCGAUGAACGUCUAACCCAAUGUUCGGCAAGUCUGCAAGCCCUUCUAGCCCUUUCAAACACUUCGAUUCACGCACUUUCGAAACUAACAAUCAAUCCCGACGUUUCGGACGACAUCAUCGGAGUCAUCCAAUCGGCUUUAGCCCAAUUCACCGAAAACGAAAGUGUGGAGCUAGGGCUAAACGUGCGCUUGUGGCGAGUGCCAGGCUGUCAUGAACUUUUAGCCUCGUUAGGCUUCGACUUGACCGAUGUAGGACAAGAUAAAGUGACCUUAAGAUUAGGCAAACAGGCCAAUCGGCGUAACAUCCAAUUCACGUUACAAGCCCUUUUGGCCCUUUUCGAUACACAAGAAGCCCCAAAAAGCCUAACAAUUGACUCGUCAAGUAGUCUAGAAUCUUUGGCAUCGGUCGAUAAUGAUUUUUCCCAUUCGGAUAACGAACUGUGUCAAGCACCGAAAUCCCCACAACUGGCCAAACCACGCCUGAAUUUUUCCCGCACAGUGCUACCAACCAAACGACUCGGUGGUGCUUUCACCAGUUAUGUGAGACGUCGGGGCGAACCGGACGGACGCACAGCCAACCCUAGCGACACUAAAACGCUACUAAGCGACAAGACCCGAAAAAAUGUUGGCAGGCCUGAAACCGAAGCCGCCUUUACGCCAAGCCCACCAGUCGUGUUACAAUCGGAAAACCAAAACAUUGCACUAUCACUCGCACACCAGACACGAAUCAAAAACCUCUACUCACAAAAUGACAAUAAAAACGACCUAAGACCCGAUAGUUCAAGCUCAGCGAGUUCGGUCACCGACUGGGAUAACGGCCAUGCGACUGUUUUAAGACGCCAAACACAAAUCCCACCUCUGCCACCCUCACGAACGAAACUAGACCUAACACUCUAUAACAACCUACCGUCUCGUUUGUUCGAAAACAGUUCCGACAGCGAACUCGAAAAAAUGGAAGCGAAACUAUUCAACACACGCAAUAAAAUGGCAUAUCGCAAAUCGCGAAUGUCAACCCUUGACCGUCUAAGCGUCCGGACUGAACUCACGCCUCAAAACCUCCUCCAAGCCUCACGCAAACCCAUCACACUACCCAGCGAAGAAACCCUCCCGACUAACGAACGCCUCCUUUAUUUCUCCCCAUCGGACGUUGACACCUCCCCUCAAAAACUCCCCACAGAUUCGGACGAAUCCAAAGACAAGCCCGACCUCCACGACACCAUCCUUCGCCACAUCAAUCGCGAACUCACCCCCACCAUCUCCGAUGUCUACCACGAACGCAAUAUCGGGCUUGGUCUAGCUCCGCCCUUAUCUAAACUCCUCCUUAAUCAACCGACAAACGCCACACCGCAAACGGACGCCAACGCACUUGAAAAAAUCACAUUGGGGAUACUCGAGGAGGGGGGAGAGCCGUGGAUGGCCGAAGGCGGUUUACAACAAAUCCAAAGCUCCGAUUUGACAACUGCCGAUAUUUUGGAGAGGGAAGUGAAGAAUAAGAAGGGGUUGAGAGAAGGGGAAGUGAAGAGAUUGUCGCCCUUUUCGGAAAUGUCACGAAGGGACGAGGGCGAUGGGCGGAGCAUAGCCGAUUCGAAUUGUUCAAGUUAUAAAAACCGUUUUGGUGAUUAUAGGACGGGAGAGAAGCGACCAGUCGCAGCACAAAGGAGGAGCAAGCAGACGUAGGGGGCGGGGUUUAUUUAUUUUGUGAUUUUUUUUUAAUAUAGCUAAGUGAGAAAAGUGGAAUAAACGAAAGACUUUGUAUUUAAUUAAUUGGUUUUAAUAAAAAAUAAACAUAA